UUUGGAGCCACAAUGUCGGACAGAAGCCCCUUUGAAACGGACAUGCUCACCCUGACCCGUUAUGUCAUGGAGAAGGGGCGUCAGGCCAAAGGGACUGGAGAGCUCACCCAGCUGCUGAACUCCAUGCUUACAGCCAUCAAGGCCAUCUCUUCUGCUGUGCGCAAGGCCGGGCUGGCCCACCUGUAUGGAAUCGCGGGAAGCGUGAACGUGACGGGAGACGAGGUGAAGAAACUGGACGUGUUGUCCAACUCGCUGGUGAUCAACAUGCUCCAGUCCUCCUACAGCACCUGCGUCCUGGUCUCCGAGGAGAAUAAAGACGCCAUUAUCACCGCUAAGGACAGGAGGGGGAAGUACGUGGUCUGCUUUGACCCGCUGGAUGGAUCCUCCAAUAUCGACUGCCUGGCCUCCAUCGGAACCAUAUUUGCCAUCUACAGGAAGACCACAGAAGAUGAGCCUUCUGAAAAGGAUGCCCUGCAGCCUGGCCGCAAUAUUGUGGCAGCGGGCUAUGCCCUGUAUGGGAGUGCAACCCUGGUGGCCCUUUCUACAGGGCAAGGCGUGGACCUCUUCAUGCUUGAUCCGGCUCUUGGUGAGUUUGUCCUGGUGGAUAAAGAUGUCAAGAUUAAGAAGAAAGGAAAGAUUUACAGCCUCAAUGAGGGCUAUGCCAAAUAUUUUGAUGCAGCCACCACUGAAUAUGUGCAGAAAAAGAAAUUCCCUGAGGAUGGAAGUGCUCCCUAUGGGGCCAGGUACGUGGGCUCCAUGGUGGCUGAUGUGCACCGCACCCUGGUCUAUGGAGGGAUCUUCCUAUACCCAGCCAACCAGAAGAGCCCUAAGGGCAAGGUAAUUCCUCAUGCACUAGCUGGCCAUCUUGUCAGUGAGCCGGCUGGAGUUCCCUUUCUCCUGAUACAUACUGCUCGGGAACUGGGAACUGCGCUGCUCCCUGGCAUGUCUGUCUGACAGGGGGCAGGGCUAUUGCCCAUCAGUGAGGUUUUUACUUUUUAAAAAAAUUUUGCCUGAGG